CUAGUGGAAGACAACAACUUGUUAAUUACCCAUGCCUAUACAGGAUGGCCUGGAAGCGCUCAUGAUGCACGUGUAUUACGCAAUAGUUCAAUUUAUGGAGAAGCCAACAAUAUCAUCAAUGAUGAUCAUUAUUUGAUUGGUGAUUCUGUUUACCCACUUCGUCACUGGUUGGUUACCCCAUUUCGAAACAAUGGCCAAUUGACCAUUCAACAACAUAGGUUCAAUCGUAUGGUGUCUGCCUGCACACAAAGUGUUGAACGAUCAAUCGGUCAUUUGAAAGGGAGAAUGAGAAGACUGCGUGAAUUACCAGCUCAUAGUAUUGAGGAUGUAUGCAAUAUUAUCAUGGCUGGGUGUAUUAUGCACAACCUGUGCAUUCUUCAUGAAGAUGACAUUGAUAAGUACAUUGGAUGCGCAAUCAACUCAGGAUCUAGAUCAAACAGAUUUCCAAAUAUAUAUCAUAAUGCAGCAGAUGGCAUUGCACUGAGAGAUCAGCUUAUGAAUAUGAUGCCAUGA